AUGUUAUUAGCUGUGGUUCACGGACCAUUAUAUUUGUUAGAACCGUACACGAAGCAACAAGACCAAAUCGUCGAGAUUGCCUUACGGAUAUCAUAUUCGGUUACUUUUGGCGUGUUGGAGCCAUUGAUAUUGUUCAAAGUGUUUCCCGAGUACAGAACAGAGUUCUACAACUUCUUUUUACGAUAUUCCCAUAAUACGAAAAGGACUUGGCAGAGUGCAGGUGAGGCUAGCGCUUUUAUCGAGUUUUUGUUAGAAAACAUGUGAUCGUUCAGUCUUUACUUUUUGUAAAUUCAGACUUUAAGAAAUCAGGGCUAAUUAAAAGGUUUCAGAAGAUCCCCCUGACAGCAAAAAUAUAGGCGGAGAAGGGUUGGACUUUGGAAGCUGGUAUUCGAGUGCUGGGAAUAUAAUUGGCGAGGCUGGAUUGCCAUAUGAAAUGAAUGCGGACAAACAAAAGAGCGUGUCGUUCUACUACAAUGAGAUGGAGAAAGUUUAA